AUGGACAAGCAGUGGUUUCCUGCGACUGGAACUGUCUUGUCUGUCUUCCUAGUAGUCUCUGCAUCUACCAUGACCCUUCUUUCUACUCACAAAGACCCUGACCAGUUUCCUCCAGCUCCUGGCACAUCUGCUCGGCAAAGCAACAGCAUUCUACUGGGCAUCCUGACAGAAACUUCUGGUGGUAUCAACUCAGUUGAGAGGGAGUUGGAGGCCCUGGGGAGGAGGGCAGGAGCCCUUUCUACAGAAGCAGCUGGGGGUCAGGAGGCCCCCUCAAUUCCUGGCUUCUCAGGAAGUACCAGGCCCUCAGGCAGGGUCAUACCUGAAUCAGUUCCCUCAGCCCUGAGCACAUCUGCAGCCCAUGUGACUGUUAACUCUCAGCCAGUGUCCUCCGAGGCUAAACCUGGAGAGGAAAUCUUGGCCCCUGGAACUCCAAGAGCAAUUGCUAUGCCAUCAGCACAGCCUUCUCCCACACAUGGACCUGAGCAGAAGUUCAUCAAGGCCUCCAGGUUGUAUGGAACACCUGGCUCUGUUACACUGGAGAAAAUGGUUGCACUUAAACCAACACAGCGUUUAAUCAGAGCGUCCCUUUCCUCCAUGUUUUCUAGACUUCCAUGCCUGUUAUGGCACACCUCCAGUCCCACUGUCCAGACACCAGUGCCUGCAUGGAGGGAUGGCCACUCCAGGCCAGACGCAUCCUCAUCUUUGGCAAUGGCUGCACGAAUCUCCUUAGGACUGCCUGUCUUAUCAUGGAUGCCUAACACACUGAAAGCUACAGAGCCCCUGUUGCCCGAAUCUCCUGGGAGAUCAGGGCUGAACCUUACCUCCCAAUCCCUUACAGUGGGCUCUAGGUCAUCUGAAAACACUGUAGCUUUGGGUACACGCCCAGUAUCCAGCGCUACUUCUGUGAUGCUGUUGCCCUCAGCAACAUCACCUUCACAUCCAUCCUCCCUCUGCGCCCCCUUGUCAGCACUGCCCCUGCCUCCAUCCCCACCACCUACAUCUAUGUCAUUCUCCCCACUAUCCUCAAUCCUGGUCCCAGUUUCCUCUGUCACCACAGGAGCAAGGGACUCUACUAAACCUGUGUCUGUGGCUGCACCCUUAACUACAGACUCUUCCAUUAAAACCUCAAACCUUGCACCCCUGAUGGCCCUACGACCCAGCCACCCUGGGUCAUGGCUUCCUUCCAGCCCAACCCACAUGCCCAACCCCUCCCUCCAACACUUCUCCAACCCUCUUUCUGCCCCACAUAGCUCUGGCUUCACAGAGUCCUCUACCCAAUCCUCUACCCUGCCUCACCCUGGCCAGGAUGCUUUUUUGCAGGGCUUGAGUUCCUCCACACCAAGACCUAGUCAUGUGACCCACUCUGUGACCUUCAGGAUCAACAGUAAACUCUUCAUAACAGCUGUCUGGAACCCGGGACCCCGGGGGCACCGGCCUUUAACUAGGCUCAUCUGCGACCAGCUACAGCUCAUCUACCACGAGGCCUUCCCCAACUUCAAGAAUGUCAGUUGCCUGCUGCUUCGGCCUGGUUCUACAGAGGUAAAAGCCUCCCUUGUGUUUGGUCUGCCGGAUCCUUCGGGCCUAGAAAUCCUCUGGACUUUGUACCGCAAGGUGAAGUCCUCCAGAUGGUCGCCUGGGGACCUGGUCAACAGCCUUUGCUCUGAUGGGUACAACACAGCAGACCUAACCCGGGAAAUCAUCAACAUCAGUUUCACACUCAUGAGGCCCUUCCUACCCCAGCUGCUUCUGCCUGGGUCUCAACCUUUUAUCCUGCUGGAAAAUCAGAUCCUCCCGAUGGUCACCCAGGAGGUGUCAAGAUUCUACAAGGCUGAUCCCCAGGACCGGCCCCUGCUCCUAUUCAGCAAUGUGAAGGAGUGGGUGAGCACAUACAUGGAAUACAAGUUCAAGAGGCCCGUCCCCACCCACCUCCAAGGCCUAGCCAGUCACCUGGCCCACCACAUAACAGACCCCACCCUCCAGAAAUCCAGCGUGGUAGCCAAUGGGGAGAAAGCACGCCUAGUGCUUUAUGACAUGUGGCUCCUGAUCCUGGAGCACCCCUUCACCAAGGCGCUGGCGAACAAGACCAGUUCCGAGUCCCAGGAGCUUCGUGGACUGCUGACAAAAUGGCUAACCUUAGCCCUCCAGCCUCUUCAGAACUUCGGUCAAGUGGUGGUGGUGGAGUUCCAGCAGGAGCCACUGACUGUCAGAGUACAAGCUGCCUUCUUUGGGGUUGCACCAGCCCAGGUCGCCAUUCAAGACUACAUGCGCCAAGCCCUGGGCUCCCUGCAGGAAACUGAGGGUCUCCAGUUAGAGCUGCUCAGCCUCGUCCUUGGCAACCCCAGCUCCGGAGCCUGCAGAGGCCCCAGCCGUGGGUCCAUGCUGAACCCGCAGCUCAUCACUUUUCUCCUUGUCCUGUUGAGUUUGCCCAGGCAAGGGCUUCUUCCUAAGAAGCAGGCUGAGCCUUUGAGACCUUGA